CUGGAGAACACAGCAGCAUGCCUGGGAACUGAACUACAAUUCCCAGAGUGCAUCUCUAGGAGGAUUCUGGGAAGUGUGGCAGAAGCAGCAAUGGUCCCUCCAGGGAACGGAAGCCGUUGAAUGUGAACAUUUGGAGUUUCCUCUUUUGUGCUGAUUCCUGAGGACUAGGAAGGUGCCCCAAAAAGAAUUCAGAGACCUGACAAUGUCCCUGUAUUGUGGAAUAGCUUGCAGGAGAAAAUUUUUUUGGUGCUAUAGGCUGCUGUCAACCUAUGUUACUAAGAUACGGUAUUUAUUUGAACUGAAGGAAGAUGAUGAUGCAUGUAAAAAAGCCCAGCAAACAGGAGCGUUUUACCUCUUUCAUAGUCUGGCUCCUCUGCUUCAGACUUCAGCACAUCAAUACCUGGCCCCCCGGCAUAGCCUGUUAGAGUUGGAAAGGCUCCUGGGUAAAUUUGGACAGGAUGCACAAAGAAUAGAAGAUUCUGUGCUGAUUGGAUGCUCUGAGCAGCAGGAAGCAUGGUUUGCUCUGGAUCUAGGUCUGGAUAGCUCCUUUUCCAUAAGUGCCUCCUUACACAAACCUGAAAUGGAGACAGAGCUCAAGGGGUCUUUCAUUGAGCUGAGAAAGGCACUCUUUCAACUCAAUGCAAGGGAUGCCUCCUUGCUGUCCACGGCUCAAGCUCUUCUCCGCUGGCAUGAUGCUCAUCAGUUCUGCAGCAGAAGUGGGCAGCCCACCAAGAAGAACGUGGCUGGCAGCAAGCGUGUGUGCCCUUCCAAUAAUAUCAUCUAUUAUCCACAGAUGGCUCCUGUGGUGAUCACGCUGGUGUCAGAUGGGACCCGAUGCCUGCUUGCCCGCCAAAGCUCCUUUCCCAAGGGAAUGUAUUCUGCCUUGGCAGGUUUUUGUGAUAUAGGUGAAAGUGUGGAAGAGACCAUCCGUCGAGAAGUUGCAGAAGAGGUGGGAUUGGAGGUGGAAAGCCUGAAGUACUAUGCAUCCCAGCAUUGGCCCUUCCCUAGUGGCUCACUCAUGAUUGCUUGCCAUGCAACUGUGAAACCAGGGCAGACAGAAAUCCAGGUGAACUUGAGAGAAUUAGAGACAGCUGCCUGGUUCAGUCAUGAUGAGGUAGCCACAGCCCUGAAGAGAAAGGGCCCCUAUACUCAGCAACAGAAUGGGACUUUCCCAUUCUGGCUGCCCCCUAAGUUAGCCAUCUCCCACCAACUGAUUAAGGAGUGGGUGGAAAAACAGACCUGUUCUUCCCUGCCUGCUUAGCCCGGAUCAAGUCACUUAGAUCGCUCCUUGGUAUUCCUGAGGGACAAACUAGAGAUCAGUUGACAAAGGAGAAGUGACAAAAGACAAGCUGCAGAAGGACCUCAGAAGGGCAGAGCAAAGGGUGAGCCUACAGUAAGACACUUCUAUCAGCAGUGUUAAUGGAAGAAAUUCCUACCAAUGGGCAAUCAAAAAAGCCAGUGUGAGAAGAAAACUGAUGAGCUGUCAACUGUCAAAAAUCGGGGGAAGGGGGAAGCAUUAGUUUGGAUGUAGGCCCUUGUUCAGUCAUUUUCUCUAAGGCCUUGGAAGCAAACAUCUUCUGGCAUAUGGCUUGUUAAUGUUGUGUUUACACUAACUGCCAAAAUGUGCCUGCUGUAAGUUUGGUUAAAACUUUUAUCUUAGUAUUGAAAAUAUAUAGCAAGUUUUAAGUCAUUACUGAGUUACUUGUUACCCUUACAGAAUUAAGAAAAAUAGCACAGUAUGACAUUUUAAAAUUCAUGUACAGGUGCAUUCUAGUUACAUGAACAUGGUAGUUAAAUAAAAGUCAUAAUUAAGUCAUUAUGACUCAGAGUACUUUAUAAUAAAUCAGAUGCCCUGAGGCUCUGUUGAGGAAGUAGAAUCCCAAUGGGACUCCAGACAGUAAAUCUUUUUCGCUGUUUUCAGCUCUGUCACAUGCUCAGUUUGUGACCCAGGGAAAAGACUAUUGCUUUGCCAUGCCUGUUUUCCUAAAUAAAACAGUUGCUGGCAUUUGCACAUCCACAAUGUGUUGAUUAACAAAGGGAUUGGUGGAGAUAAACAGAUGCCAAACCUGACCUAUUUCUUAAACUUUAUGGAAUAAACUAAAUUUAGGAUUUCUCAUCAUUCAUAUAUGAUGCCAUAAGGGAGAAGAGUUUAUUUGGGGAAAAUAAAAGAAAUUUCCACA